CCUGGAGGCUUCGACAUUUCAGCAAGAGCCAAUCCCCUCGGUCGUAGCUCGGAAGCAAGCAACGGCUCAAUUGCUCGCGCCCCCAAAACCCCUCGAGAUCUCGGCUGGUGUUCCCUUCCCCUUCGCGCGAGACUCCCCCGACUCCGAAGCUUCGAUCCCGACCCCCGGCGAGGCCACUGGAGGCGAAUCCGGGAUGCGUCCCAAUAUUGUCACCGAGGCUGGGAUUUCAACUAGGUUGAAUCAGUGGUGGAGCAGCAUCCCGUUCAUUACAUCUGGUGUUGUCUUGGUAUGCGGAGUGAUUUAUUUGCUGUGCUUGUUGAUUGGCUAUGACUCCUACGCCGAGAUAUGCUUCUUGCCUUCUGCAGUGGCAUCACAUUUUCAAGUGUACAGGUUCUACACGUCUGUUCUCUUUCAUGGUUCUUUGCUUCAUGUGCUAUUCAACAUGCUUGCCUUGGUUCCCUUGGGCAUCGAGUUGGAGAGAAUUAUGGGAUCGGUCCGUCUCUUAUUCUUGAUGCUCCUACUUGCGACAACUAAUGCAAUUCUUCAUCUCGUCAUUGCUUUCUUGGUGGCUUAUAAUCCGCUGUACCCUGUUCCAUAUCUGGUGAAUGAAUGCUCCAUUGGCUUUUCUGGAGUUAUAUUCUCAAUGAUUGUCAUUGAGACAAGUCUGAGUGGUGUGCAAUCUCGAAGUGUCUUCGGCCUCUUCAAUGUUCCUGCAAAAUGGUAUGCAUGGAUUUUGCUGGUACUGUUUCAGUUUCUCGCGAGCAAUAUUUCAUUGCUGGGGCACCUGUGUGGCAUCUUGUCAGGGUUUGCAUACACUUAUGGGCUGUUCAACUACCUGCUGCCUGGACCAUCAUUUUAUUCUUCUAUUGAGGGCUUAUCCGUGCUAUCUGUUUGCGUGAGGCAUCCUGGCUUUAUUCUGUGUACUGGAGGGACUACAUAUGGCCAGCUUCCUACAUACUCUAACACGUCUGCCGCACCAAGCACUCUGAUAAAUGAAAAUUUCUUAAGAAAUAUUUCUUCAUGGGUGCCAAGCAGGCGGACACCCACUACUCAGGAACAAGAAGACCCCAGGUUUCCAGGGAGAGCUCGAACACUUGCUACUGCAGGAACUGAACCAACUGCAAGGGAGGCAAAUGCAAAUUUGCAUGCUAGGUUGUUGGAUAACACAACUCCAAGUGAUCCCCUAACACAUUCACAGCAUACAGCUGCAAACACAGUCAGAGUUGAUGCAACAGUAACACCUGGCCAGGCUGAUACAUUUGAUGAAGAACUUAAAAAGUUGGUUGGGAUGGGCUUUGAAAAGACUCAAGCUGAAGUUGCUCUUGCUGCAGCCGAUGGAGAUCCAAAUGUUGCUAUUGAAAUUCUUAUGAGUCAGCAGAGUUAAGAGAUUGCGUACUACUGUUCAGAGGAAGCAAGCAUAGAUGUUUGAGCCACCUUGUUUCUUUGUGGAGGUUCAAGAUUAGACAAUGGUACUGGUUGGUCAACUUCGAGAAUGGAGCAUUUAUUGAUUUUGAUUGUACCAAAGUGGUUGCUGAAAAAGGAUGCCCGUAUUCAUGUUUCUUUUUUGUUUUUUGUCAAGAUGUAGCAACUAUAGUACACAGCCUGGUUGUAUUUCCACAGGUUCUGUCCUGAAGACAUGUAAAUUAGAAGUUAAUGUUCGUGGCCCCAAGGAACAUUAACACGGACAAAUCCCUGAAGCUAUAGGUGGCUAUUUGUAAUUUAUCACCUUGUCUGACUCCUAAUUGGUUAUCAUCUCUAAGAAAAAAUAGUUUUCAUCUA